UAACAUUUUUUCCGUACUUUCUCCGAAUUCAAUUUUCAAGCAAGCCAAGCUACACUUCGGCCCUCGUACGGUGCUUCCUUCCGUUUCCGCCGCCGAUGGCGACUGCGGCGGCGCUCUUUUCUCGCCUCUGCCGCGCGCGGCCGUCCUCCUCCCUCUCCCUCCUCUCUCCUCCACGUGUCCUCUCCUCUCCUCUCCCUCCUCCGCUUCCCGCUCCCGCAUCACCUCACUCUCCAACCCUCGCCUUUCUCGACGCGUUCCGCUCACGCGCUUUCUCCUCUCACAUUUCGGACAAUCGAGAACCGGAGCUGAACUCGUUCGGUGUCGACUCACCGCUUAACUCGGAGCUUCUGAAAGUGAUUGCUGAUACUAGUGGCGGCGGCGAAGACGACGCCGUUUUUCCCGUUCGCGCCGCGAUUUCGAUGCUCGAGUCGUUUCACGAUCUUUCUGGAUUUCCGUGGUGGUUAACUAUAAUUUCAUCUACUUUGGCUCUCAGAAUUGUUGUUCUUUGUCCUCUGAUUUUAUCACUUCACAAGCUUAAAACCAUUGGAGAGUUUUUUCCUAAAUUGCCUCCUCCAUUCCCACCGCCUUUCUCAGGAAAGAGUUAUAUUCGUCAGUUUCUAUUCUUCCAGAAGAAGAGAAAAGCAAUUGGAUGUCCCUCUUAUGUGUGGCCGCUGGUACCAUUCAUUGUACAGGUUCCGUGCUUUUUCUUGUGGAUGAUUAGCAUAAGGAAGAUGUCACUGGAUGGUCACCCUGGUUUUGAUUGUGGCGGUGCUUUAUGGUUCCAGAAUUUAACAGAACUCUCUCAUGGUUAUUCAGGGUUCAUCUUCCCUUUUCUGAUUGCUGGUUUGCACUACGUCACUGUUCAGAUAUCCUUUAGGAAACCUUUGGUUGCAGAAACACGGGAUAUUUUUGACUUAUUAGCCAAAUUUUAUAAGCAAUACUUGGACUUUCUAACGAUACCUAUAGCUAUCACGGGUUUUUGCAUUCCUCAGGGCAGCCAGCUCUAUUGGGUUACCAAUAGUUCAUUAACCCUCAUUCAGCAAAUAACCCUUAGACAUCCUGCUGUCCUUGCAAAGUUGGGGUUACUAGACAAUAGUCAAAAGGGAGCUUCUGAGCAAAUUGCUGCUUCUAAAACAGCUCCUUCACCAGGGUUACAAGAUAAUAUUCCAACAGCAGCUACCAAGGAAACUGUUUCGCCUGAAAAAAAUCCUCUGGAUUCACCUGAAAAGUGGCAUAGAAUACCUAUAGAGGAGAUGUCCCCUAAAGAACUGGUUACUCUUGCAGUCCCAUUUUUAAACAGUGAUGAUAAAGAAAGUGCAAUUCCUUUACUAAAACUAGCCCUUGAUAAGGACCCUGACUAUGUACGAGCUUUAGUUUUGAUGGGACGGGUUCUAUUGCUGAAACAUGUAAAUGAUGAAGCUAAUGAGUACUUUGAGCGUGCAAUAUCAAAACUUUCUCUUGCUGGACAUUCAGCUGAUGCGGAAGAAGUUGAUCUUUUGAUUCUUUCAUCCCAGUGGGCUGGAAUUGCCUGCGAACGGCAGGGAAAGAGGGCCGAAGGACGGGCACACUUUGAAAGAGUAGCAAAUAUGCAGGAGCCAGAAGAUCCUACUAGCAAAGGCUAUUAUUUUGAUGGGUUACUGUUGCUUGCCAGCACUCUAUUUGAUGCAGGUCAAAAGGCCGAAGCUGCGAAGUACCUACGUCUUGUUGUUGCUUAUAAACCUGGUUAUAAAAAAUUCUUGGAACAGUGUGAAAAAGAUGAUGAUUUUACAAGUGAUCUUGCCCGUAGUAGGAGAGACCUCUAAUUUCAAAUUUUACUUCGGAUGUGUGUAUUUAUUAAAUGUCAAAACAAUAAAGUUUUGCCUAUAAUUUGGCAUGUUUGGUUUACAAUUUUGAAUUAAUGUUUUGAUUACUCUUCAGCUCAGAUUUCAGCAAUAUUUUAUAGAAGAUUGUUUCAUUAUUGAAAGAACAA